AUGACCGGGCCGGUCACGAGAAGCACCCCAGAUACCAAGGCGAAUGCCCUCCAGGACAUACUCAAGGCGGCUGCCAAGUGCGGCAUCCCGCAGACGCGAGCUGAGGCGCUGGCCCGUGAUGGCGCCCUUGAGGGUGCCGUCAAGGCUGCCAUGACUCGGCAGGCUGUCCGCGCGGCUUUUAUCAACGGUACAUGGCAGAGCGCCGCGCUGACAGCUGUUUUUGACGUUAAGCUGCUGUUUGACGGCCAGUUUCAGCAGUACCUGGUCCGAAUCGGUGUAGGGGGACUCUAUGGCGGCGCUGUCGGUGGCCUCUCGUCAUGGAUCAGCAACCCCUACCUAAAGAACAACAUCGUCCUCGGCGUCUUAAUCGGGUCCUCGUUUGGCCUUGUUGGACUCGCCUCGACGGGCGACUGGGCGCGGUUCGGUAAAGGUCUCGGCGUGAACAUCGUCAGUGGCGCGGGCGGGUGGGGAGGUGCCACCGUGGGCGCAUUUGCCCUGGCACCGUUUGGGCCACUGGGCCCCCCCAUCGGCGGGUUUCUCGGCGGCAUGGCGGGCGGAUGGUUUGGCAGCCGCGUGGCAGGCCAGGUACCAGCACUCAGUGGCGUUACGGACCAGGAGGUCCGCACCAUGUAUGAGGCAACCGUGGCGCAGCUGGCCAAAGCAGGUCUGAAACCGGAUCCCAAGCUCUCGGCCCGGCAGGUUGCCGAGGCCAUGACUUUGAGUGGAGGCAGAGGGGGAGGAGCAGGUGAUAGCGGAGCUACGGGGCUGCCAUUCAACGUGUGCAUGACGAAUGCCAUGGCCAAUGAUGUGGGUGACCUUCGCCAGUCGCUGCUUGUUAUGUACGAGGCGUCGCCAGACCAGUUUACCAACUUCUUGGCAAGGCUGCGAGCCGCAAAUGCCGAACUCAGUCCGCAGACUAUUCAUUAA